UUUGGCGGAGAUAGGGAUCAGAUCACGAUAUUUGGCGGCAGCGCCGGCAGUAUGUCUGUGUCGGCACACGUCUUAUCCCCGCUGACCAAAGGUCUGUUCCGGAGGGCUAUUAUGCAAAGCGGCGCUAUAUUUCACUACAAGGGUAGGGAAGGGGUGAGCAAAACGGAUCAGUUGACAGAUACUCAGGCGUUGGCCAAACGGUUCAAUUGCACGGGCGAUGAGUGGGUGCGGUGUUUGCGAGCGGUUCCGGCGAAAGACUUUCUGAAGUACCCGAAAGUGGUUCAGAUGCCACUCGAAGGCGACAGUGUUUUACCACUAUUGGCCCAAAAGGCGUUCACUAGUCAUCACUAUAACACCGAUCUGGACAUAUUGUCGGGCAUUGUGCAGAACGAGGGCACUUCAUUGGCACAGAUGGUGGCGCCGGGCAUACAAAACAUGACGAUAACUGUUCAAAAAUUUGUUGAAUUAGUAAACGCCUCAAAAGCCCUAUUUUACGGCCUAAACGAGACAACUAUUACCGAGUUUUACGUGAAACAUGUCAACCAUAGCGACGCCCAGGCUAUGAGACAGGCCUACUAUGAGUACUACGGAGAUGUGCUGAUUAAAUGUCCCACAUAUUUGUUUGCCAAAAAGUACCAAGAGCUCUCUGCGGGCAAAAGUAAUGCCUAUUUCUACGAGUUAACAUACCAGGGCAAGGGUAUAGGUUGGCUGUGCCCGCCCGGCCAGGUAUGUCACGGCGCUGAGGUGUACGAGUGA